CCUUCAGUCUGUGCUCAAUGGAUUGCGAUGGAUGACACAUAACGCGAUUAGAACUGUACAGUAAAAAAAGCCUACAGAGUGCAUCAACAACAGGGUAAAGCCUAAAUCGUUGGUAUCGCUACGGGCCUGUCAAUUUUAAAGCAAUCAUGCUUUUGUCGGAAUUAUUUAUACUCUUGUGUUUUGUUACAAUAAGUACUGGAAGCCCUAGCGCAGUGAAGAAGCUGAAUAAGUUUGUGUCAAAUUUUGAAGAACUGAGCUAUGACAGAAGCACAAUCCAUGCACGUCAUACCCGGUCUGUUAAAGCUGAGGGACAGUUAUUCAGCCUAAAAUUUAAUGCGUUCAACCGUGAUUUCAAUUUGCGAUUACGGAGGGACACCUCCAUCUUUGCUGAGGGAUUUGAAGUAGAAUCUACGGAGAGUGAUGGAUCACAUUUCCCAUACUAUGUCUGUACCGGAUACGUGGCGAGUGAACGAUACUCAUCCCAUGUUUAUGGGUCUGUUCUGGACGGACGUUUUCAGGGACAGAUUAUAAGAAAUGGCAGUAUUUACUAUGUUGAACCUGCUGACCGCUACUUUGAUCCAAAUGACGUGAAGUUCCAUUCUGUGAUCUACAUGGAUAAACACGUCAAGGAUAUUGGCGAAAAGACUUGUGGGCUUGGCAAUGAAUUAUUUGAACGCAUGAAACAAAAGCAAAAUAUUCCCAAGGAAGAUCAGAUAAAUCUUGAGGAAACACAAGGGAGAGUUAAACGACAAUCUAAUGGAAGGAGGACAUGUGACCUUUAUAUUAAAGCUGACCAUACCUAUUUUAAGAAGUAUGGUUCAACGCAAGCAGUUGUGGCUGCCAUCUCUGAGCAUGUAAUGUCUGCUAAUGAAGUAUUUCAGUCAACGAUAUUUGGAAUUUACACAAAUAUCAACCUAGCUGUUGCCAGGAUUAAAAUUUUUUCCACGCCUGACGGAAACAAGUUUUCAGAUGAAUACAUCGGAGUUGAGCGAUUUUUAGAUUUAGCAUCUUCCGAUAACUAUAACCAGUAUUGUCUAUCGUACACCUUUGCCAAUCGAGAUUUCAGCAAUGGUGUGCUUGGGUUAGCAUGGAUUGCUAGUGCCAAUAGAGGCACAAGUGGUGGUAUUUGCGAUAAAUAUCGAAAUGGUAAAUCCCUUAACACCGGUAUUGUGACCGAAAACAAUUACGGUGCUGAUGUUCCAGCGAGAAUUUCAAGUCUCACUUUUACCCACGAGCUUGGGCACAGUUUUGGAUCACCACAUGAUGCACGUGCCGACUGCCUACCAGGAAUGCCCAAUGGCAACUAUCUGAUGUACGCAUAUUCGUCAAAUGCUGACCAACCGAAUAACGACAAGUUUUCUUCAUGCUCAGUUGGCAACAUAACCAAUGUUCUUGGCUCUGUGUUUAAUGGAAUAAGUAAACAGAAUUGUUUUAAAACACUUUCAGAAAUCUCUCUUUGUGGUAAUAAGAUCAUUGAAGGUGAUGAACAAUGCGACUGUGGUUAUGAAGACGGGGAUUGUACGGAGACCUGUUGUGUGGCUCAGAAUGAUGCGCACAAUGCCCCGAAUGCAUGUCGGUUGAGAUCAGGCAGUCAAUGCAGUCCCUCUCAAGGCCCGUGCUGCUCAAACAACUGCGUAUUUCGUAGUUCUAAUUACGUGUGCAGCAGUAGAACCGAUUGCCGUCAACAAUCCACUUGCACGUCAAAUAGAGCCGCGUGCCCAAUGCCUGGAAGACAAAGAGACGAUACAAAGUGCAACAAUGGCACCAUGGUCUGCAAGCAAGGAACUUGCAGUGGAUCCAUUUGUGAUGCCCACAGCAAUUUAGAAUCGUGCUUAUGUGAAUCAACCCCCAACAAACCAGCCUCUGAACUGUGCCAGGUGUGUUGUCAAAACAUCAAUAAUCCAGCAUCUUGCGUACCUGCCAGCGACAUCAACAUUUUAGACAUGUAUAAAAAUGUAAUCUACAUGCCGAUUGGUUCUGCCUGCAAUAAUAAGGACGGGAAUUUCCGCGGUUAUUGUGAUGUAUUUAACGAGUGCCAGAAUGUGGACGAGGAUGGUCCUUUGGCUAGUAUUAUCAAGCGUAUCUUUUUUAGUGAUGAGGAGACAGUUGACGAGGCGAUAAAAACAUGGAUAGAGGAACAAUGGUAUGUAUUGCUUAUAGGCAUAUUGGUUCUGAUUGCGGUCAUGGUAGGAACUGUGUUCCUCUGCACAAAAGUUAUUCCUACCCACAAUCCUCAUAAACGUGAAAAAGAGCAGAAUAAACUUAAAAGUAGCCAGGCUGUGAAGAUGACAAAUCGAAAGUACAGAGGUAGCCAAAUGCCAGGCCUGCAUCCUGUUGGAACUGAUCAGCACCCUGACCAGGCCGAAAACAAAGCUACGCGAUUUUAGAGUAUGAACAUCCACAGCAGCAGGCGUUUUAAUUAUCAACAAUGAGGGCAGCAGAUGAUUUUACAGAGGUCAGAAAACCAAAUGCUGAAUAAUGAGGUGCAUUUGUAGAAAUAGGGACUUCAUUAUAGCACAAUAAAUAGCAACGAAAAUUUAGACAAACACAACAUGAAAUUGCCAUCCAAAAAUUUGAAGUGAUUUUAUAGGAGUUCAAUGUUUUAUAUGAAAUCAGAAAGUUUACCAUUCACAAGUAUAAACCCACCCUUUACUAGAGUUUGAUAAUGUUUCAGUGAACUUUUGUGGUUACAGUACUUUCAUCUUAACAGUUAAAUUGAUUUCUUGUAGGAGAUAGGAUUUCUGUUUUUUUAUCAGUGGGUUUACAUAAUGGUGGCUUGAAUCAAAACAUGCAUGUGCAAAAUAUUAUCUCUUAAUUAAUAUAUUGUGUUCGUUGUACUGAAUACCUCAUGUCUUAAGAAAUAUUUUAUGGGAGUAUUUUUUUAUUAAAAUUUUCAUAGAAAAACCACAGAGGUAAAUGAGACACUUAGGACAUUUUAAGCAAAAUUUGUGUAUUAAAUUUAUUUGUUUGCUGUCAUUUAGGUUAUAGUUAUGGCUUUGCUUUUUUUUUCAAAACAUAGGGUGUGAGGAUGUUAGAUUGAAUGGCUUAUCAACCAAAACAGUAGCUGCUGUGGUUGAAGGUUCAAUAAAGCUGAUUAACAUAUUUUUCAUUAAUUGUAACCUUGAUAGCUAGACUGCUGUAUGCCUAGUGUGCUUCUCUUUUAAAAGACCAGCAUAUUAUAAUUAUAUUACUUUAUUGGAUAUAUUAGACAAGAUUUUUUUUUAUCAGUGUUAUAAGGAAUGAAUGCAAGCAUGUAAUUAGCAUAAAAGUAAUAUAUUCUAAGAAUUGGUAAAUAAUGUGAGCAAAAUGCAUGGAGUCUACAGAAAUCUGUUUGUUUUUACCAGAAUCGUAGAUAAUGUAUAAUAACAAAGAUUGCAUUUCAACAUUACUAUAUAGGUGUUAAUAUAUUUUUU